UUUGCUCGGCGGGAUCCGGCUGGCAGCCUCCGCACGGUGCUGGCCGACCCGGCCCUAGCCCAGCGGCUGCCCGGUGCAUUUCCAAGUUCGGUUGCCUAAGGUGGAUGGGAUGGGAUGUGCCUUUUCUUUCUCACUCUCUCUUUUUUCUUCUUGCCUGUUUCAUUUUCUUCUUUGAUUUGAAAAAAGAGAAAAGAACUCCGCAGAGCAGGCCAGGGACAGCUGAGUUCCAACUGCCCCCACGUGGACGCUCUCUAGGGGAAAAGAAGUUGGAAGGAAACUUGGUCCUGCUGGUCCGGAGGCCUCAACUUGGACUGGACUCGAAGCUCUAGAGUCAUGACCCUCACAUCGGACAGGUGGAAGUCUUUACCUGUCCUGGGCUGGACUUGAGCUCCGGCCCUUAACCAGCACUCUCUCAGAACCCCCAUCGCCACCACACUCACACCUGGCAUUUAGGCUACGCCUGGACACUGGUCAGCAACAUGGAUAAGUAUGACGAUCUGGGCCUGGAGGCCAGUAAAUUCAUCGAGGACCUGAACAUGUAUGAAGCCUCCAAGGAUGGGCUUUUCCGCGUGGACAAAGGUGCAAGCAACAACCCUGAGUUUGAGGAGACACGCAGGGUGUUUGCUACCAAGAUGGCCAAAAUCCACCUUCAGCAGCAGCAGCAGCUCCUUCAGGAAGAGACCCUUCCCAGGGGGAGCAGAGGCCCUGUCAAUGGUGGGGGCAGGCUGGGCCCACAGGCCCCCAGGGAAGCUGGUGUGGGCAGCAAGCUGACUGUGGAUGGUGCUGCCAAGCCCCCUCUUGCUGCCUCCACAGUGGCGCCUGGGGUAACCACCACCACUUCCACUGGGCAGCCCAUAUACCCACCCCAGGAGCAGAGGGCCAGGCCACAUAUCCAUGGCAUAAGGCCUGGUAGCCAGGACUGUGGUUCCAGGGAGGGUCCACUGAGUUCCGAGAGGUCUGCUUUCCACCGUCCCUGCGAGGAUCCUUCCUGCCUCACUCAUGGAGACUAUUAUGAUAACCUCUCUGUGGCAAGCCCACCGUGGGAGGACAAACCAGGAGUGUCCUCCAGCAUCGGCCUGGAUGUAGGGAGAAUGUGGCCUGAUUCCUCAGGGAGUGACUCCUCAUUGCCCAGAACCUGUGGGGACCAUCACCUGUACCAGCCACAGCUCUCCCUGAGCUCCAGCAAGUCUUUUGAGAGUGGUCUUGGUGUCCAGGAUGGUGGUGUCGGUGGCUGUAGUAGUGAGAAGCCAGCAGGACUUUGGUCUACUGCCUCCUCCCAGAGGGUGAGCCCUGGCCUUCCUUCCCCAAGCUUGGAGAAUGGGGCUCCAGUUCAGCCCAGGAACCCUUCUAUUUCAGCAUCCCUGGCCUCCAACUGUCCCACUCAAGGAACUCUUUCAAGGACAAACUUAGGGCUGGGUUGUGAGAUUCCAGUUUUGUCCAAACCCACUGUGGACCCUCAACCCUGGUUUCAGGAUGGACCCAAAUCUUAUCUUUCAAAUUCUGCCCCAUUAUCAGCAGCUGGCAAGGACAGUUCACAGCUAGGUAAGGUCCCUGGGUUGGGACCGAAGUUGGGAUGUGCAGACCUUGGCACUGGGCCCAAGCCCAGUACCACCAAUCUUGUCCAUCCAGUGAUGUCCACUCCGCCUGAGUUAUCUUGUAAAGAGGGUCCUCCCAGCUGGUCUCCUGACAGUAGCCUAGGACCUGUGCUCCCAGAGAGCCCCAACUCAUCCAGGGUGAGGCUGCCCUGCCAAACUCUCAUCCCAGGCCCUGAACUUGGACCCUCUGCUGCAGAAUUGAAAUUAGAAGCCCUCACCCAGCGUCUGGAGCGAGAGAUGGAUGCUCACCCAAAGGCUGAUUACUUUGGAGCCUGUGUGAAAUGCAGCAAAGGAGUAUUUGGGGCUGGCCAGGCCUGCCAGGCUAUGGGGAACCUCUACCAUGACGCCUGCUUCACCUGUGCGGCUUGCAGCCGGAAGCUGAGAGGAAAAGCCUUUUAUUUUGUCAACGGCAAAGUGUUUUGUGAGGAAGACUUCCUGUACUCUGGCUUCCAGCAGUCUGCUGACAGGUGUUUUCUUUGUGGACAUCUGAUCAUGGACAUGAUCCUGCAGGCCCUGGGGAAGUCCUACCAUCCUGGCUGUUUCCGAUGUGUGAUCUGUAACGAGUGUUUGGACGGGGUCCCCUUCACCGUGGACUCGGAAAACAAGAUCUACUGUGUCCGAGAUUACCACAAGGUAUUGGCCCCCAAGUGUGCAGCUUGUGGGCUUCCCAUCCUUCCACCUGAGGGCUCCGAUGAGACCAUCCGUGUCGUGUCCAUGGACAGAGACUACCACGUGGAGUGUUACCACUGCGAGGACUGUGGUCUGGAGCUCAAUGAUGAAGAUGGUCACCGCUGCUAUCCCCUGGAGGACCACCUGUUCUGUCACUCAUGCCACGUCAAGAGGCUGGAGAAAGGCCCCUCGUCGGCAGCCCUCCACCAGCACCACUUCUAGCCAGAGCCACUCCCGGAACUCCUGGUGGGGGUGACUCGGGAAGCCACUCCACGGUGUGAGCCAACAGUUCCCGCUUCAGGAGGAGAGUUUUGUGUUGAUCACAUUCCCAGGGUGUCCUGAAGUGACAGCUCAGCGGCCAAGACAUUCAGCCCUUCCCCUCCGAUAGGAAGGUGCCUUCACCCGGUCACCCCUUCAUACAUGUGCACCUCCAAGGCAGGAUUGAAGACUGCUUUCCGUCCCAGAUUCAGUACUGCUGAGAGUGGCUGCAAACUUCGAUCGCAUUAUAGUGAGAAGGAAGCUCUAAUCCGUGCUUUGUGUCCAGAGAAGUAUUUGCUUAGUACAUCAGAGCCCAGGUUCCAGACUCGGGAACCAGGCUCCUCCUUGGGCUCUCACAGCAUUCUGUGCCCCUGCCAGUCCUCACUCUCUUAAGGCAGGGUGUGAUAUUUGGGGGCCCCAUGGAGGCUUGCCCUGUCCCGGUAAAACAUGCUUUGGGAGAAGACCUUGGUGCAGGCACCAGGACCCUUUUGCCCACCUAUUUGUGUUGUUUUCUUUUCUCAGGGCUCUGGAGAGUCUGUGACUUUGGAGCCAUUCCUGCAAGGAAGUCUCUGGAUCCCAUGUGGGAACAUGUCUGGCACCUAUUUUAGCUAAUUUAACGAAGGCCUUUUUGAACGUCCUGCCCACAUUGCAGAGAGAGAACUCCUUAGAAGCAGGGAGAGUUUUUGUGUGUGUGAGAUCUGUGAGCUGGCAUGGCAGGCAGUGCUUCUGGGGUGAGUUAAUAUAUUUACUUCAGGGCUUUCCCUCUUGCCUACUUCUGGGCACAGACAUUAUGUUUGAAGAAACCAACAUAAGGUACACUGCUUUGGCCUGUUUUUUUUUUUUUUUUCUUUUAAUUGUUUCUGUCCACUUUUAGUCUUUCACACACACAAAAAUACCUCACAGAUAGAGCUUCACCCAAAUUGCAUUUUUAGGAGGGAUUUGGCCACCACACUGGACUCAGAUACCUCCUUGGGUGUGUUAGGAAUCGCUGGCUUCACAUGUCAGACUCCAGCUGGUCAGGGUAGUGUGAUCAUAACUAAACAGCAGCUGGGAAUAGAGCUGAUGGAAAUUCGGCACUAUGGCCUUAUGCAUUUCAGCAUACUGGCUCCCAGGUGGCCAGAGCUGGAAGAGGACCACACAUUGGCAAGAUUUCAAGAUCACCUGAAAAUGCAAAAUUUGCCCUCCAAGUUCACUUCAAGGCUGCUGAGGCCAGAGGAUAAUUCAAAUGGGAGAAGCUUUUUUUUUAAAAAAAAAAAGACUGGUUACCAUUUGCCCUCUUCUCCUGUGAUGAGAUUGCUGGGUGUCUUCCUGCUGCCAGCCAGAGCAGGGCAUGGCUCUGGACUCUGUACUCUGCAGAGCCCUAUCCUCACACCCAGAGUGGGCUGUGGAGAGUGGUCAGUGGUAUUGCUGGCACAAGUGAAUGCAGACUGUUCACCCGGCCUGGCUCCACCUGUGGGCCAUGUUUGGACUCAUUGGCAGCCAUUGUGGGUGAGAAGCACAGAAUCAGCACCAGGGAUUGUCUUUUCCAUUUCCUCUGGCCAGAUGGCACUCCUCAGUUCCUGGUCCCAGGCUGUGCCUCCUGAAAGCCCAUGAAUGCUUGGGCCUGUGGUGUGGACCCUGAGGCUGGGCCCCUCUCUUCUGAACAAGCCAUCCAGCUUGGCUCUGGCAGGGCUGGUGGGGAACAAAGUGAGCCACUAGGUCUUAACCUAGCUCUGUCCCCUAAUGUUGGCCUUGCCGGCACACCUUUGCUCCACUUUUGAGUCAAGCAGAGUGAAGAAAAUUGUGUUGGAAUCACUAUCAGAAGUAGCAGGGAUUUGUUUGCAAAUGGAAUGAUUAGUUUAAAACCCUUAGAUUAAUAUUUUGAAUGACAUUUUUAAAGUGGCCUUGAUAGAGGUAUUUCAGAUGUAUUUGCAGAUUCAUUUUAUGUUGUGGGAAAAGUACAAUGGUAAUUUCCAGAUGUCCUAGAAAUCCUAGCAGUGGACUUCUGAUUGUCCAGUCUCUGGAAAGGGCACUGGUAGGGAUCUUGAAUUAGUUUUGUCUGUCUCCAUCUCAGGCCCUUGCAUGAAAAGCCAUGAAGAGAUGUUGGCCUAUCUGUAUUUUAAAUAAAUUAUUGGUCCAAUAGAACUGUAAUGGGGUUGUAUUUAUGGGCAUAUAGGAAAAAAACCAUGAUGAAUAAAUUUGCUUUGAAAGUUAGAGAAAAUAA